GUUCUGCGCUUAUUAACACUGGAGCGCAGCGCGACUUGGUAUUCGAGUACUUCGAAGCUUAGUGAUUAAUUCACUAUACCGCGUUGUAGGUAGCUUGCCUUUGUCUGACAACAUGCCGGUGCUGAAAAUUAUCACCAAUAUACCGAAGGGGGAAAUGGCUAGCGAUCUGGAGCUGAAAUUGUCAAACAAGCUGAAGGAAUGCAUCACCCAGUGGAAAGAGCAGUAUUUUACUAUUUGGCUGUUGCCUGGACAACGCAUCAUCAGAGGAAGGGACAACUCGCCUAAUGCCAUCAUUGAAUUGUACUGCUGUGCAGCUUUCAACGACACAGAGACGAAUCGACAGAUUACGCGGCUCUUGAUUGAAUUCAGCAGCAAGGAGUUAGGCAUUGCGCAAGACAGGAUGUCUGUUCUUCUCUAUCGGCUCAAGUCAGACUGCGUUGGAUUGGCAAACGGCACACUUGUUUCAGACCUGGUUCCUGAGCAUACUGACCUUCACAGGCUUUCAAGCUAGGAAUGUGACUCAUCACUCCGUAUUCCCGGCAUGAUAAUUAGCCCACGUGUAUUAUUAUUAGUUAAUCGCCAGUUACACCAGGUGCCUGCAGAAUUGCAGAAUAUUUUUUUUUAUCGCCACCCACGAAGUACAGGUUCUCAGUAGCUACAAACACGUAGCGUCACAGUAGAUAUCGCACUUAUUCUGAAGGUCCAUUCUAAGCCAAAACGGUGCUUCGUUUACAUUUAAAUACAUUUAAUUUGGAGUAACUUUUUUGUUUUCAGUGUUCACAGCAUUGACUUUUUAUAACCGAAACAUAUGACUUGGAUAGUGAAAUGAGAGGGCCACAAUUUCACUUUUUUGUUUUGUUUUUUACAUGAAACUGAAACAAGUCCGAUUUCCAUUUUGAUUUAUCAAUUAGUUAGGUGUCCUGAUCAUGUUAGACGGUUUCAACAGCGUGAAAACGUUUAAACGCUUUUAUUUAUCAACUGUAAAAAAUGUCUAACUAAAACUAAAUUCAGUUGACUUCUGGCUGACUUUUUUGGUUGGGUCACACAGUCUUGACAAACAUUUCAAAAAAGGCAUAUUAAAAUACGUGUAGCAUUUUAAUAAACAACAUAUUUUAUUUCUGUACAUUCAAUGACAGUUGAAACAUCUUAACACAUAGAAAUAUAACCAGAACCAGAGACUGAAUUUGAACAGUUUAAAUAAAUGCUUAUUACAAGUAUAUGCCACGAA